AUUGGUGCAAACUCGUUUUAGAGAACGUAUAUCAUAAUUUACGGUCUCUGCUCGUUUCUUUGCGUUUCUUCAUUCAUGAAAUUUCUCUUCGUCUAUUUUAUUUUUUAUAGCGACACAUAUGUUAUUGUUUUUUUGUGCAGUGGAUAUUGAAAUCGUAUUAACUAACACAAUUUAAAACGAUUUAACAAUUGACUUUGAUUGAGAAAAUAUAGAAAAUUUUUUUAUUUGCAGCUUGUGAAAAUAUUUGUUCUAUUUGUGAAAAGUUAUAAAAGUCAAUUCUGUUCAAAGUAUAAAUGGUAACGGUGUGAGGAAAGGGAAACGACGGGGUUGGACCAAAGGGAAUAAGAUCUUAUAUGAAGUGACUCUUUUAACAUACCGCUAUCGGUAAUAUGUCUUGCUAUUAUAAACGUUUUAGCCCCUAGAUAUUAAGUAUAACUUUCUCCUAGUUUCGCAUCGCUAUUCACCUGCACCGUGGUUUUACUGGAUUACGGCCAAUGUGAGAAUAUAUUUUAAAUUCAACCUGGAAUCGUUUGCUGAAGAUACGAAGAUACGUUCGGUUAUACCGUUCAUUUAGUUUGGAAGAAAAUGGACGUUUUUGAAGAUAUGUUUGUUGAAAGAGCCUGGAGUGAUGAGUGUGAAAAACUACCAAACAAGAGCACAAUUUUCACAAAUGAUUUCAAUGGUAUCCCGGAAACACUAUUAUUGAACGUUAUUUCUUGGCUUCUAUUAGUUGGUUUAUUUACCGCUUUACGGCAUCAAGCCGGAGACUAUGGUCGCCUGGCGCUUGUUAACAACCAUGGUACCAGAAAGCGCUGGACCGAAGUAUUUUACUCGCGAGCAACAAGUACGGUUCAUACACCCACGCCUGAAGCAUCGACCAGUCGUAUGCAAAAUGAUGCCGAGGGUGGACGAAGUAGUAUAACAUCGAACACAUCAGAGCCGCCUUUAUCUCCCAUUCAUUCGGACCAGGGAUUUUUUGCUUGGAUAAAAAUAACCUGGAAACUGCAAAAGGAGCAAAUAAAGACUCAUACAGGACCGGAUGCCAUACAUUAUCUGUCUUUUCAGCAACACCUUAUGACUGUAAUGGCAAUUGUAACACUAGUUUCAAUAAUAAUUAUAUUGCCCGUAAACUUGUUCAAUGGUUCCACUGAAGGUAGAACUGAUUUGAAUGAGUUUGGUCACACCACUAUGGAAAAUGUGUCUCCAGAAUCGCCGUGGCGAUGGGUACACGUYAUCGUGACAAUUAUGUAUGCUCCCCUCAUAGUACUCAUAAUGCGACGUGCAUCCGGUCGUAAUGCAUUUAAAACAGCAGCCACACGUACCAUUAUGAUAUCCAAUAUAUCGGCGAGUGAUCGUAAUAAGACAAUUAUCCGUCACUACAUACAAGAAUUAUUUCCUGACGUCAAUAUAGAGGACGUACAAAUUGCAUACAAUAUAUCUAAAUUGACAGUGCAAAAUGCGGAAUAUGUGAAGAUUUUGGAUGCUCGCAUGUACUGUGAACACCAUAGGGAUAAAGAUACGCUUCAGGUAACACCAAAUCUGUGCUCCUGUGCUAAAGAAAAUGCAUACGCUUAUUAUCAACGUGAAGAGCGUAAACUCUCUGGAGAUGUGGCACGUUUGAGAGCUGCCGCACUCAAUGAACCACUCGGAAUAGCUUUUAUUACCGUGUCCACUGUACAUGAAGCACAAAAUAUUGUCAGCCAUUUUACACCAGGUACCUACCGCAAAUGGAAUUUGGAAUUCGCACCUUCACCAGACGACCUCUUUUGGGAGAAUUUGAAUGUGAGCAAAAGCAAUUGGUACUUCAAAUGGGGUAUUGUCAAUUUCAUACUAUUUUUGACGCUAUUCUUUCUUACAACGCCAGCAAUUGUACUAAACUUUUUAAACGCCUAUGCAUUAGCUAAAGGUAAUAUAUACCAAAUUUCACCAGUAGUAUCUGAAUUUUUACCAACAUUAUUACUGUGGACGCUUGCGGCGCUAAUGCCUGUAAUUGUUGCAUUCUCAGACAAAUGGUUGGCUCACUAUACACGUUCCCUUCAGAAUUAUUCAAUCAUGAUUAAAUGUUUUUGCUAUUUACUAUUAAUGAUCCUCAUUCUACCAUCACUGGGUCUAACGUCAGCACAGAAAUUAAUCGAAUGGUCAAUUAGUAAUGACACUAUUCGCUGGUACUGUGUUUUCAUGCCGGAUCGCGGUUCUUUCUAUGUCAAUUAUGUAAUUACCGCCGCUUUCAUUGGUACGGCUUUGGAGCUGUUACGUUUUCCAGAACUUAUUGUUUAUAUUUGGAUGUUGUGUACGGCCAAAUCGAAAGCUGAAACACCAUACAUCCGAAAAUCUAUAUUGAUUGAGUUCCCAUUUGGAAUUCACUACGCCUGGACUGUGUUGGUGUUUACCAUUUCUAUAGUUUACAGUGUUUCUUGUCCACUUAUAAUGCCCUUUGCUAUGAUUUAUAUUUGUUUUAAACAUUUCGUGGAUCGCCACAAUUUAUUUUUUGCAUAUGGUCCUUCAAACAUGAUAUCCAGAAAUGGUGGGAAAAUUCAUUCGACUGCCGUUACAAUGACUAAAUCCGCGAUUGUCAUCCUGCUUGUAGUUAUGGCGAUGAUCUCAGUUUUUCGUGAAAGAGGAAAUGCUCGUGCUAUUAUACUUUUUAUGACACUAGUGUUAACGUUGGCAUUGUUUGCACUAAUGUCGCCCAUUAAACGGUGUGCAUCCGUGCCACGUCCCAGCGUGGUCGAGGUGGCAGGCCCAGCGCCGAUUUAUGUUCCCGAUGUCUUACGACCGCGUGCAACAGUUGCUUCGGGCACGUUAAAUAAUCACGCAGCGACUAAUGGUGGKGGCGUCACUGGAUAUGGUUCGGAUAGUGUUUCAGAUUUUGACAUUAGCUCACAAUAUAGUGUAGAUGCCUAAAUAAGACAAUUUUUUAGUAUUGUUGGAUAUCAAAAAUGCCUUGCAGUGAAUUCCAUGUGGAAUAUAUUCAUAAAUUACAUAUAUGUGAAAAAAGUCACAAGCUACGACUUACGAAGAGCUAAAAUACGGAAAUAUUAACUCGCGAAAUUUAAUUUUGUAUUAAAAUAUUUAUAUAUUUAAAAAAAAAUCUUAUAAAUCUAUACACAAACACACAUACUUGCGAAUUAUUUUCCGAUUAAUAUGAUUGUAUAAACAAAUUUCUAUUGCAAGUACAUGCCGACUUACUUUCUUUAACGCUCCAUAUUUUAUCAACUUAAACAUUUAAACAUAUUUUCCASUUAUUUAAUUUUAUUUAUAUAUUAAGCUAUAAGCGAAAGAAUAAUAAUAAUAAUAAAUAAGCGARACUUUCGAAAUCUGUUAGAGGCCACCAAAAGAACAUUGCAAUAUUGUUUGUUUAAGGAGAAAUGUGAUAAUAUAUUGAAAUUGUAAUAACAGUUUGUUAUUUGUAAAAUUGCCUUUAAACGUUUACAAAUAAAUGACUUUCUAUGAGAAA